AUCAAAACAAAAUCUCGCAGGAUUUCACUACACGUGUUAAACGAUGGCCAGCCAAGAUAUACCUCGACAACCGCUCACUCUUACGGAUGAGGAUCUCAAUCUUACAUUCAGUGCGACUUACACUGAGUCUGUCAAACCAUUCAGAGUUUCCGUAAAGCAGGCCUUCGUGGACCAAACCAGACUCAAAGCUUCAUUAACUCGCUUCAUCGAUACAGAGUUUCAGCCCCCCAACAACCAACCAGAAUUCACUGAUGGCCCUCCCACUCACGCGGCCAAGACAAUUGCUACUCACUGGGCAAAUGUAUACAACUGGCGAGCUGUCGAGGAUGAUAUUAACAAUCGCCUGACACAGUUCACGACGAUUGUGCGAACACCCGAUACGGCAUAUACGGAGCCCAUUCCCCUUCACUUCGUACAUCAUCGCUCCCCUCGUCCUAAUGCUAUACCUCUUCUGUUUGUCCACGGCUGGCCCGGCUCAUUCCUCGAAGUCGCCGACAUAAUUCGGCUACUCACACAUCCUCCCGACGACUCUGCACCGGCUUUCCAUGUGGUAGCCCCAUCGAUUCCUGGUUACGGUUUCUCACCAUCUCCCCGCGCACCUGGAUUCGGAUACCGCCAAGCUGGUGCUGCUUUUAAUAACCUAAUGCAGGAUCAUCUAGGGUACAGUCGGUACGUGGCGCAAGGCGGAGAUGCCGGAGAUUUUAUCAUUAGAUAUGCGGCAGUGGAUUUCCCGGACGCUGUUGUGUCCUUGCACUCCAACUUCUGGGUUGUUCCACCAACCGAUGAGGAUCGUACGAAGCUCAAGGAAGGGAAAUCCACGUUAGAGGAGGCUGAUAUAAUUCGUCGGCUAGAUGGUUUCUCUGGUCAACAUUGGGCUUACGGACACCUCCAUCAAACACGGCCUUUGAGAUUGGCACAUGCAAUGACCGACUCACCAGUGGGAUUGGCCAUGUGGAUAUACGAUGUAUUGGUACCAUGUGUCGAAGAGGAAAACGUCGCCAGAAUCUGGACGCCAGACCGGGUCAUUACAUGGACUAUGAUGCACUGGAUUCCCGGACCAUAUGCGGCGUUUUCGCUUUACAAACACGGUGCAGCCGAUGGUGCCAUAUCUAUCUCUGGAAUCGAAAACCUCCCAUAUGUAAAGCAGCCUGUAGCCAUCAGUCAGUUUCCACACGACAUUUGGUAUCGAACACCGUUAGAUUGGGCAAAAAGAAAUGGUAAUGUGAAAAGGAGCAUUGUACACGAGAAGGGUGGGCACUUUCCGGCAUUAGAGAUACCGGAAGUGCUGGCAAGGGAUAUAUGGCAAUUCUUUGGUAAUGCAAAAGAGAGUGGAACAGAAGUUUUUAAAUAAAAGGAUAAAUUAUAAUAAAGAAUAUACUAGGAAUAAAGUAAAGAAAUAAGUUAAAAUUUAUUU